UAAGUUGGCGCGUCACCCCGACGUCAGCCUCACUUCUCGGACGUCCCGUCCGGAGAGCAAAACUCCGCGACUUUGGGCUCCGCCCCCGUGAGAGUGGAUGGCAGCCAAUGAGGGCGGUUCUGAGGGGAACGGGGCCAAUGAGACGAGCUCAGGGCGGGGCGCGGGGCAGGAGGGUGGGGCGGGUGGCGGCGGUGGCAGCCCGAGAUCUGGCUGCGCGCAGUAUAUGACAGUACGUCAGCAGCGGGAUGGCCGUAGCUGUGGCGGCGGCUGCAGAAGCCCGAGCAGCCGCGGCCGCAGAGGAGGCUAGUGCCCGAGCGGCGUCGGCGGCGGCACCCCGGGGAGUUUAAGAUGGCGGCAGGGGGGGCUGCGGGCCUGCGGGAAGAGCAGCGCUAUGGGCUGUCUUGCGGACGCUUGGGGCAGGACAACAUCACCGUACUUCACGUUAAGCUCACCGAGACGGCGAUCCGAGCGCUCGAGACCUACCAGAGCCACAAGAAUGUAAUUCCUUUUCGACCUUCAAUUCAGUUCCAAGGUCUCCAAGGGCUUGUCAAAAUUCCCAAAAAUGAUCCCCUCAAUGAAGUGCAUACAUUUAACUUCUAUCUGUCAAACGUGGGUAAAGACAACCCUCAGGGCAGCUUUGACUGCAUCCAGCAAAGGCUCUCCAGCUCUGGAGCCUCCCAGCUCAAUUGCCUGGGAUUUAUACAAGAUAAAAUUACAGUGUGUGCAACAAACGACUCGUAUCAGAUGACACGAGAACGAAUGACCCAGGCAGAAGAAGAAUCUCGCAACCGAAGCACAAAAGUUAUCAAACCCGGUGGACCAUAUGUAGGGAAAAGAGUGCAAAUUCGGAAAGCACCUCAAGUUAUUUCAGAUGCUGUGCCUGAGAGGAAAAGGUCAACCCCCAUGAACCCUGCAAAUACGAUUCGAAAGACAUAUGGCAGCAGCAGUGUUUCUCAGCGGCCAUAUCGGGACAGGGUGAUCCACCUACUGGCACUGAAGGCCUACAAGAAACCGGAGCUGCUGGCUCGACUGCAGAAAGAUGGUGUCAAUCAAAAAGACAAGAACUCCCUCGGAGCAAUUCUGCAACAGGUAGCCAAUCUGAAUCCUAAGGACCUCUCAUAUACCUUAAAGGAUUAUGUUUUUAAAGAGCUUCAGAGAGACUGGCCUGGAUACAAUGAAAUAGACAGACGGUCAUUAGAUUCAGUGCUCUCAAGAAAACUAAACCCAUGUCAGAAUGCUGCCAGCACCAGCCACUCAGAACCUCCUGUAUGUACUAGUAGAGACACUGCAUCUUCUCCUCAGAAACGGCUUUUAGAUUCAGAUUUCAUUGAUCCUUUAAUGAAUAAAAAAGCUCGAAUAUCUCACCUAACAAAUAGAGUGCCGCCGACAUUAAAUGGUCAUUUGAAUUCCACCAAUGAAAAAUCUGCUGCAGGCCUCCCGCCGCCCCCUGCAGCGGCUGCCAUCCCCACUGCCCCACCACUGCCUUCAACUCACCUGCCCGUCUCCAAUCCCCCUCAGACUGUAAACUCUAACUCCAACUCCCCUAGCACUCCAGAAGGCCGGGGGACUCAAGACCUGCCUGUCGACAGUUUUAGUCAAAACGGUAGUAUCUACGAGGACCAGCAAGACAAAUAUACCUCUAGGACUUCUCUGGAAACCUUACCCCCUGGUUCAGUUCUAUUAAAGUGUCCAACGCCUAUGGAAGAAAACCAUUCAACGUCUCACAAAAAGUCCAAAAAGAAGUCUAAAAAACACAAGGAAAAGGACCAAAUGAAGAAGCACGACACUGAGAUGAUUGAGGAGAAGGGAGAGAACCUUAAAAGAGAUGAGGAAAUUGCCAAGCUGAACAACUCCAGUCCGGAUUCCAGUGAAGGAGUUAAAGAGGGUUGCACUGCCUCUACGGAGCAUUCUUCAACAAUGGAACUCCCAGAUUAUUUGAUAAAAUAUAUUGCUAUCGUCUCCUAUGAGCAACGCCAAAAUUACAAGGAUGACUUCAACGCAGAGUAUGAUGAAUACAGGGCUCUGCAUGCCAGGAUGGAGACUGUAGCUAGAAGGUUUAUCAACCUGGAUGCCCAACGGAAGCGGCUUCCUCCGGGCUCAAAAGAGUAUCAGAAUGUUCAUGAAGAAGUCUUACAAGAGUAUCAGAAGAUUAAGCAGUCUAGUCCCAAUUACCAUGAAGAAAAAUACAGAUGCGAGUAUCUUCAUAACAAGCUGGCUCACAUCAAAAGACUAAUAGGUGAAUUUGACCAACAACAAGCAGAGUCAUGGCACUAGAGCUCUGCUUGACCAGAAGAUGUGAAUAAACUUAAGCUUAUUUAUUUAAAAUUCCAAAUGAGUUACUCUAAGAUUCUAAAGAAAUGAAACUUUGCCUGUUAAAAGUUUCUGUAUUUGUAAACUUGAGUUACUUUUUUUGUUUUUGGUUUUUUUUUUCCAUUUUACUUUGCUUCCCUGCAUUUUUGAAGCUGCUUUUUCUGGUCCUUUUACCUCCCUCCAGACUUGUGUUUGUCAAUAGAAGUAAAAUUUUUUAGAUUUACUGGGGAUCCAGUAUCUACACUUCAAAUUAGUUUUUUCUCCCUUAAAAAACUUGUCAUUAGACAUGAUUUUUUUUUUUUUUUUAGAUAUUGGGGAUCCAGUGUCCACACUUCAAAGUUAUGUGUGUUUAAAAAAAAAACAAAAAAAACAACAACAAAAAAACAGUAAUGUGCAAGGUGAAAUGCUUUUGGAUAAACAUAAGCCUAUUUUCUGACGUUUCUUAAUGCGUACUCUUUGCCUUAAAUGGUAGAAUAUUUAGAAAUUUGCACAAAAUACAAAAAAAAAUUAAAGCAUUGUUUUGGAGGGUUAAGAAAUAGGAAGGUGUAUAAGGAUGUAAAUGUGUAUAGCUUCACAUACACACGUGUAUGUACAGGCUGAUCUGAUCCAGAACAGUAAACCCGCCCUGUAGGUUAACCCCCCACUGCAAUGGUUGCCUUAAGGUGUUUGCUAGUUGUGUGCAUAGUGUGGUUAAGCGUUAGCUACACUGCUUCCCCGCUGCCUGGAGCAGCGGGGAAGCACCCUGUGGCCUACCAGCGUCUGAGAGCGUGUGCGCGACCUGUGUGUGUGCAGAGGUGGCGUGGAUGUGAGCGUGCGUGAAGGAAACAAAGCUGCUACUUUCAGUAGGCCAAACGCUCAGGUUAAACAACUGACGAGUGUUACUGUAGGGUUUUUGUUUUGUUUUGUUUUUUCUGUCAAAUUGCUACUUCUAUUGUGGAAGACAAAAGCAUUUCCAUUUCAACAGUUUGUCAGCUUUAUUGUUGGGCAAAAUUGAUAUGUUAUGAAAAUGAAACAUAUAUAGUUUUGGGGCAAAAUUAUAAAAUUAAAUGUGUAGGUAACCUAUUUAUAUACUGCUAUAAAGUAUUUUUUGAAGAGACAGAUGCAAAGAAGCUAUUACCUACAUGAAAUGUAUAUUUAAAGCUUUGUUUUCAUCCUGGGUGCCAGGAAUAUAAAAAAGAGUGGAUAUAUUUACCAUAACAUACUGUGAUUCAUCAAACAGCACAAACUUUCAUUUCAUGGAGUUUAUCUGUUGACGUUGAUUUAAACUAUCACUUGUUUUAUCAUGUGGGAACAUAAGUUAUGUCAAAAAUAUAAGGAUUUUGAACUAAUGUUGAUUCAAGUUGUGUUGUCUUAUCGUAUUGUUUGUUUUUUUUUUUCAAAGUGCUGCCAGUUAAAAAGGGAAGCAUUAUGUUUACAAAUCUGUUUUGAAAUGUUUGCCAAAAUUUUGGUAGUAUCUUUAAUAAAGAUGUUUGUCUCCAGCAUCCAAAAAAUAACUAACUAACUGUGUGUAUCGCUGUAAACCAGAAAAUGUUAGUAUCUAGAAAACCCGAGACAGCAUGUAGAUGAACUUCUCUCUUUAGAGUUCUUCUUAUACAUGAACUGGAAAGAGUAAUAUAGUAAAAGUAUACAGGAACGCACAAAGACUGAAACAAGACCCUGUGCACUAUAACUUUACUGUGGAAGUUAGAUUUCUAUGUAGCAUGGGCCUCCUAGGAAAUUCUAUUUCUUUCAGCAUUGAGACUCCUGGUGCUCUUCCUUUUACCUCAGAAUUGGUACAAUCAUUAUUAAAUGUUCAUCGAUUUCAAACUUUCAGUUGAAAAAAAAGAUAGGAAAGGAAACCUAAUUGGGGAUAAUUCGGUCCUCAUGUGGUUGUGGAGUCUGCUGAGGGCUUUGUCUGUAGGUAAUGACCUCCUCGAUGUCAUUUCUUGGACAUCUCGACCUUUUAAUCAAAGAUUGUGUGCUGCUAUUUGCUGUGAAUGGUGUUUCUCAAAAGCAAGGUGCUUGGACCACUGACAUCACCCAAAUUAGAAUCUCCGGGUACAGGGCCCAGGUAUCCCCAUUUUCACACGUUUCCUCCAGGUGAAUUUUGCAAGCUAAAGGAAGAGAACCAUUGGCUUGGACGUAGUGCUAAACCAUAGGUCUCUAGAUCUCAAAGUCUUGAACUGAAGUUGGACAAUUGGCUUUGUUUUUUUUGUUUGUUUUGUUUUGUUUUAAAGCCCGUGCCAGUCAGCAGCUACAAAUCACUUUUCCCCUCUACACGACGCGAGGCCCUCUCUCAGUUGUUUCACUGCCACCUCUUAUUUCGGAACUUGUUUACAAACAAGCCUCCCAAUUGGUUCAUUGUUAGCCCUUGGAGUUCCUACCCACCUACAUCAGCACAUCAUCUGGUUUACAAAUUGGGUAAUAAUAGAAAUUGGAGAUGCUUUACAGCUAUCCAGCACUGCACACCCGUAGACUUGACCACCAACCUAGAAAAGCCUUAAUUUAGAUGUUUGUUGUGUACAUUGGGCAGAUCCUUAAAAUGUGUAUCUGUCUAUCAGUUGCAGAUUUACAGAGAGCUGUAAAUCUCUGAACCCGCUAUUACCUGAGGCUGCUUCUCUUUUGAAGAUGGGCAUAAGCCUAUUAAAAUAUUUAUAAUUAUCCUUCAUCUCCUACUGCUAUAUUUUUAGAUACUCUCAAAUAAUUGCUGCAGGAAUGGGUGGCCAUUUAGUAUCAGUUCCUCUGUUUAAAGAAUUUAGUUUUUUAAGAGAGGAAGUGUAAAACUGCAUUGUCAAGAUGAAUGAAUUAUAUUUCCAUCACAUUUCACCUAAAAUAAUUUAAAGCACUCUUGAAGAUUUUUACCAACACCCAUAAAUUAACUCUAGAUUGAUUGAGCAGCGGAUUUAAUACAAACCAAAAAGAACACUAACUAGACGUGGUUUUGUUUUUAAUGUGAGGGUUUGGUUUCCUAUUUUGUUGGUUUUUAUUUCUCUUGGCACAGUUUAGAGGGUUAACUGUCCACUGUAAGUAGUGAUAGAUGUUCAGUAUUGGCUCUCUCAAAAGUAAUCGGUAUGGUCAGUUUAUAUCAUUGCUUCAUGCAUUGAUUAUAAAAUUUCAGUAUUUCCUUUCAUCUCUGAUUGAUCUUUUAACCGUUAGAGUUUUCUUUUCCCUUAAAGUAUUUCAUCUUAUUAUGUAUAACAAAUGCAUACUUGCAUGCUGGAAGCAACAUGUUGAAAUGAGACUUAGACACAAAUGGUCCAUUAGUUCCAGCCCUCUGCUUGGUUGCCCUGCACCUUCCAUUACUUUCUUCUUUGUUCUGGGCACUUGGCCGAAACUCUCCAGCCAGCUCACUGUCUUUCUGGCAGUGUGAGUGUUGAGACACGUAUGCUCGGUAUAUGCCUUUCCUACUUUUGCAGUUCUUACAGUUUAUCACUUGCCGGAGUGUUACUAAACCUUUUUCUUACGUGUACUGGAUGAGGGAAACUACAGCCAGCACUUUGAGAGGAACGUUUAGGGGAAGAAUAUUAACUGACACUACUAAAUGAAGGCAACAGAAGAUGUUAUCAGUGUUCUUUGUAACCUGAAAACAGAACAAGGCUGUGAGGCUCAUUUCAAAAUAUUUUGAAGUGUUAAAAAACAUAGAUCUCUGCUGUUUCUCGGUUGUUCCAGCCAAACCAUGUUAGGACUCUCGAAGGUAAAAUGUCACAGGGUCUUUUCAGUUGUUACUGAGCUCAGCAGCUGUGGUGGCCCCUGUUGUUCUACACCAAUUUCAGUUCAAUAAAAAUGUUAACUUUGCAAUUCUG